UGCCCUUCUUCACUUUACACUGGCUAGGAGGGAGAGACUAGGAAGGAAGAGAUGACGGAGGACGAACGGCGAGGAAUAAUAAACCAACAGCAACGGAGCCGAAAACGGAAGAGGGGGAAGCGUCACCGCCGAAAGCAGCAGGUGGCCGGCGAUUCUCCUCCUCCUUCUCUCGAGCAGACCCUUAACGCUAAUACUAAGAAUCGGUCUUCUCCAGCUGCUGCUGUUGUUAAGUGCAAUUCCAAAGCAAGAAUCGCCUCGUCUUCGUUCCUCGACAAGAUGAAAGCGAAGUUAUCAGGAGGACACUUUCGCAUGAUUAAUGAGAAACUCUACACUUGCACUGGACAGGAGGCAUUCAACUAUUUCAAAGAAGAUCCGGCAUUGUUCAAUAUGUAUCAUGCAGGAUAUCAAGAACAAAUGUCACAUUGGCCUGAACAGCCAGUUAAUGUAAUCACAAAGUGGUUAAAGGAUCACAGCCCAUCUUUAAUCGUUGCUGAUUUUGGCUGUGGGGAUGCAUGUCUUGCAAGAAAUGUUAAGAAUAAAGUCUUCUCCCUUGAUCUCAUUUCCAAGGACUCAUCAGUGAUUGCUUGUGAUAUGUCGAAUACUCCCCUUGAUUCUUCAUCCGUUGAUGUUGCAGUAUUUUGUCUCUCUUUGAUGGGAACUAACUACUCAAGUUUUAUUCAGGAAGCACACAGAGUUCUUAAGCCGCGUGGGUGGCUUUUGAUAGCAGAAGUGAAGAGCAGGUUUGACCCCAGUACCGGCGGAGCAGAUCCAAACAAAUUUUCAAAAGCAAUAUGCCAACUGGGAUUCACCGCCUUGUCAAAGGACUUCUCCAACAAAAUGUUUAUACUGCUAUACUUCAAGAAAAAGGAAGACGAAAAGCUAAACGUAAAUGAAAUCAAAUGGCCUGGACUGAAGCCAUGUUUGUACAAGCGUCGAUGAAGUGCGAUGUGCUGCUGUUGAAAAGAUAGCAUGGAACCAAUGAAUCACCCAUCGUGGCAUCAACAGUUUCUAGACCCUUCUGUAAUCCCAGAAAGUGUAGAAUUUUAAUAUGCAGAAGUGUAGGACAGGCUGUAAAAAGAGGUUAGUUCUUCCAGAUAUUUACCCUUUUAGGGAGCUUAUAUCCUAUACCAUAUUUUAGUUCAAGUUAUAUGUUUUAUUGCUGGGAGACUUACUUUGCUAAUGGAUAUUUCUGUCUUGAUCUUUGUUUGAA